GCAGGUGCACCGGCGGAAAUAAUGGGCUGCUUAUAAACAUCAUAUUAAGUUGUAAUUAUUAGUCUUUUACAUUUCAAUGAUUCGAUCUAGUAACGUGUGAACGUGCACAAUGAACAGUACGAAUAUGUAACAAAUUUCGUUUCGUGGUGUAGACUAACGCACAACAGAAUGCUUUCUGACUGAUGUCAGUUACUUGCCAUUGUUUUAUCGUCAGUGAUGCUUUUAAUGAUGGAGUCCCAGUGUGAAUAUUUCAUGUAUUUUCCGGCCGUUCCAAUCUCCGAUUUGUCUGACCCUGCUCGAUAUCGCUCACUUCCACGUCGCAGUCACCUCUACCUGGGCGAGACUGUGCGCUUUUUGCUCGUCCUGCGCUCUCAAAAUGGUGCGUCGGGUAUCAUUGGUGGCAGCGGAGGUGAGCAUCCCAACAGCGGGGCCUGGAAGGACCUCGCCAAUUCUUUGUGCGCGGUCGCCAGCGUUUGUCCCGGUGACAGCCGGCAGCGAUCAUCACACAUGUAUCAUGAUUACCACAGUAGCGGAGAUGAGGGCAUGGAAGAUGUUGAUGAUGACUAUAUGGCGGCUGGUGGUUGUGGAGGAGGAGGAGGGGGCCCUAGAAGACGUGGAUUCCGAGAGUGCAAGCCAUUGCUUAUUCACAACAGUGCCGGUAACGGUGUGCGAGAAUUCCGCAAGGCACCCAUGCAGUCCCUGGUGGAUGAGCCUGUGGUCCUGAAUGAUGAGGUCAUUUUCCCGCUCACCGUGUCCCUGGACAAGCUUCCUGUCAGCACCCUGAAAGUGAAGAUCAUAGUGACGGUGUGGAAGCAGGAGGAAGAGCGGCCGGAGAUCCAGGAUCAUGGUUACCUCAACAUCCUGCAGCAGAAAAGCCCUUGCCAGACCUUCCAUCAAGACCUCAACACCUUCAAAGCCCAAGUAAGCACUACCUUGAACGUCCUGCCCCCUCCUGCCUUGAAAUGUCAGCAGAUGACAGUGUCUGGAAAACACCUCACCGUGCUGAAAGUCCUGAAUGGGAGCUCGCAGGAGGAGGUGUGCGUCCGUGACAUCCGAAUCCUGCCCAACUUCAACGCCUCAUACCUUCCCAUGAUGCCCGAUGGCUCAGUCCUGCUGGUGGACAACGUCUGCCACCAGUCGGGCGAGGUUGGCAUGGCGUCCUUCUUCAGAAUGGACAGCAUGACCAACCCCCUUCCCAGCAUGCUCAGCGCCCUGGAGGAGCAGAACUUCCUGUUUCAGAUGCAGCUGAAUGAUCAGCCGCAGGAGGACACAAACGAGGGUCUGGAGGUUCCCCUGGUGGCCGUGCUGCAGUGGUCCACGUCCAAGCUGCCCCACACCAGCUCCAUCUACACGCACUACAGCCUGCCCAGUGUCCGGCUGGACCGGCCUCGCUUCGUCAUGACCGCCCGCUGCCCCAGCGCCGUCAGGGCGCGAGAGCACUUCCGGGUCCGCUACACGCUGCUCAACAACCUGCAGGACUUCCUGGCUGUCCGGCUGGUCUGGACGCCGCCUGAGGGCCGAGGUCAUAAGGAGGACCCUGCGGCCAAGGCGGUGGUGUGCCACUCGCCCCUCAGCAACCUGGGCUACUGUCGCAAGGGCAGCACCCUCUCCGUCACCGUGGCCUUUCAGGUCCUCAAGGCUGGAUUGUUUGAGCUGAGCCAGCAUAUGAAGCUGAAGCUGCAGUUCACGGCGUCCGUCUCAAACCCUCCGCCCGACGCCCGGCCCCUGUCUCGCAAGAGCAGCCCCUCCAGCCCGGCCGUGCGGGAGCUACUGGAGCGCCACCACCAGGCCAGCCUGAGCCUCGGACGAUCACAGUCCUUCUCCCACCAGCAGCCGUCCAAGUCCCAUCUCAUGAGGACUGGAAGUGUUAUGGAGCGGAGGGCCAUCACCCCUCCUGUGGGAUCCCCCGUGGGCCGCCCUCUCUACCUCCCCCCCGAGCGAAGCAUCCUCUCCCUGGACAAGAUUGCCAAGCGGGAGUGCAAGGUGUUGGUUCUGGAUGCAGCUAGAUAAACACUCUGUCAGAGAUGCGAUACACUCUUAAAUACUGCACACCACACUGGAGUAUUGGGAAUUUAGGUGUAAAUAUUGUGGAAUGAAGAAGAUACUUAAAGAGGGUGAGCUGUGAGAGAAUAUGUGAAAUGUAUUAAUAUGUGAGAACUUGAACAGCACACUCCACAGAACACACGUAUAGAUGCCUUCUGUUUUAAGAUUACAAGAAUUGCAAGGAUUUUUUAUUUGGCACAUGCACAGACAUAAAAGUACAGUAUAACAUGCCGUGAAAGUAGAUUAGCUGUGAUUAUAGAAUUCAACAAGUGAACAUUUCAGUCCGGACAUUUCAUACAGUUCUUAUAAAAGGUUCUUGUUGUUGAGCUUUUCAGAAGGUUCCUUUGGGUUGGGUUUGUUUACUGUUUUUUUUGGUGAAGGGACUGUUAGUCUGAACAAAAAUGUCAGCCCAUGUACGCACAGCCUCUGUCUGUCUCUGUCUGCCUGUUUCUCCCUCUCUCUCUCUCUCUCUCUCUCUCUCACACACGCACGCACGCACACACGGUAAAACCCAAAACAUUGAACUAACUUAAUACUGUGAUCUGUUGCUUGGAUCCUUUACUGUUCAAGCAUGGUGAACACACAUGGUGUUGUGUAAAAAGAUCUA